GACGUCAUCAAAGAGCGCCUCAUGAGACGUCAAACCGGGGAGCUGAGGCUCAUUUUGGUAAACAAACUGUUUUAUCUAUUUUAAUAUUAAAAAUACUGUAAAAUUAUUCGUUUUAGAAACGUUGCAUGUAGUAUUUAAUCAGUAAAAAUCUUCUGAAUGUAAACAGUGAUGAGAAAACUCUGUUGUGGUUCGACGUGAUAAAGUUGUUUACAUUUUGCAACCUAAAGCAGGGUAUUUGUGUUUCCGGUUCUAUAGCAUUUUAGCCUAACUGUUACAGUCUAAAUACUUAUUGAGGUGGAAUGAUGGUUGUGAACAAGUGAAUGUGAUUCAGGACAGAGAGGCUGACAGACUGUGUGUCUCUGUGUGGAAAAACAAAAACACGCCAAAAAACCUGCAACACACAGUAGGGGAGAGUGGGGUAAGAUGAUCCAUGUUUCAUAUUUUAGAUCACUCAAAUUCAAAUUCAGUUUUAUUUGUAUGGCACUUUUUCAUACAAAAAAAAAUGCAAUUCAAAGUUGCUCACAGAGGCUAAAAACAACAAUAAUGACAAUAAAACCUGACCCUCCCAUCCACACACACACCCAUGAACCCACACGCACACAAAGACACACACUCACCCUCACUCACUCACACAUACACACACACAACCUCACACAGAGUCAGAAUUUAAGAUAUAUUUCUAGAGAGACAUGAUCUGACACCGAGACAUUACAUGAGGAAAGAGCGACCUUUAGGAAACACUGGAGAUAAAAACGGUAAAAAGAGUAAAACCUGAUGGACUAAAACAAGAAAAUAAUAUUAAAUGAACAGAUAAGUAAAAGCUUUUUACCAUAAAAAAAGGGUAAAAGAGGUAAAAACCUGUGAUGGGAAUCAAGAAAAAGACUAAGAACAGAGAUAAUUUAUGGAAUGACAUAAGAUAAACAUGAAGAACUUUGAUUAAAAUAAACAUUUGCAAUAAGAGAAAAAUAUAAAAUGGCAAUUUGUAAAAGGCCUGGUUAAAAAAGUGAGUCUUGAGCCUCUUCUUAAAAACAUCAACAGUCUCUGCGGCCCUGAGGCUCUCCAGCAGGCUGUUCCACAACCGGGAACCUAGUCAAUCCUAGUUUAGUCUCUAACUCGUGUCUCUGCAGAUAUUUCAGGAUGUUGUUCAUCCCUGCAAACCAACAGAAUGAGUGUAAACAGAACUGUCAUCUUCAGAAUAUAGCAGGACAAAAAAAGGGGUCUCCUAUGGUCAACUUACCCCAUGUAUGUAUGGGGUAAGUUGACCAGAUGGUUGCUGUUCAGUAACGUUUGUGCAGUGUGAUCAUGUUGUUUCUGUUUGUUUUGUUUUCUAGUUUCCCGUAAGCCCGUCUGAACUCGUCACCGUUUGUUGUACGACAAAAUGAACCACAGCUUCCAUUAACCUCAGAGGAUGGACUUCACCGAGUGUUACGGAGACACUGUGUCCAGUGUUGCUGCUGCGGCUCGCUCAGGCUGUAGGAAGCGUGUGAGGAGGCUGAUAAAGAGAGGGUUCAGUGUGGACUGUCGCGACAACCGCGGCUGGAAUGCUCUGCAUGAGGCGGCAGCUGCUGGCAGUAAGGAGUGUGUGCACGAAAUCCUGUCUGCUGUUAGAGGUAAAUGAGGGUGUUUUAACACUCUGGGCCACGGUUCUGUUCAAUAGAUGCAGAAAAAUAAUUAAAACGAUGAAAAAACAAAUAACUGUCCUACUUUACUGAUUUAGACUGGAGGUUCAAAAGACAAAAUGUAAACAUAUAAACACAGAAAUCUUUCAUUUAAGGCUGCUGGAGCCACAUUACAUCAGACUAUCUGUCAUAUGUGAUCUUGAUUUAUUUUCUACUACUUAAACAAAGUUAACUCUCAAUGGAUGCUUUUGCACAUUAUUGAGGUUUCUUACGAGUAAAUUCAGAAGGUUUUGAUUUCUCCUUUGUCUGCCUCUGACUGUUAGAAACUGGCUCCUCCCGUGGUUGCCGGGCCUACGUGAACUCUUUGACACAUGAAGGAGAAUCUGCGUGUUACCUGGCAGCUCAGCGUGGUCACCUGGCAGUCGUACGGCUCCUUCUGAAAACCCACGCAGAUAUAAAUCAGCUGACAAAUGACCUUUCCUGUCCUCUGUACGCAGGUAAAACACUUAAACAUAAGCUCUUUGGUUCAGAUUUUACAUCUUUAGUUUAAUUCUCUCAGUUUCUUUUCUUUUUUCAACAGCUGUAGACGGCGGGUACAAAGAGGUCGUGGCGCUGCUGGUCAGUAAAGGAGCAGAGGUCAACAGAACACACACAGCGUCCUGCUGGACCUGCCUCCAUCAAGCUGUGUAUAAGGUAACAUUCACACACACACACACACACACACACACACAGGCACACCCUUCAACAUGACACACAUAUUUCUUUUAAUUCCCUCAGGGUCACAGUGAAAUUGUGCAGAUCCUGGUGAAAACGUGCAACCUUGAAGCGCUCGAUGACCACAAGAUCUCUCCUCUCUUCGUGGCCGCUCAGUACGGACAGCAGGAAUGUCUGGAGAUCCUCGUAAAUGCCGGUAAACAACUAUCUCUGUGUUUAUUCAUUUGUAAAUGAAGCACAUAAUGGAUUUCCUUCUUGUUUCUCUUUCACAUUAGGUGCCAAUGUCAACACCCAGGCAGCUGAUCUGGCCACGCCGCUGCUCAUCGCCUCUCAAGAAGGUCACCGAGCAUGUGUGGAUUUCCUUUUGGACCAUGGAGCAGAUCCGAACCUCGCCUGCAGUCAUGACUGGCCCCAGCUUCCCAUCCACGCUGCUGCUGGGUUUGGACACAUCAGGUUUUCUCUCACAGCUCAUCUUUUACAUCUUUUUACAGGUUUAAAAAGUCCUAAGGUUUUAGUUUUUCUCCUACAAAGAUCUCUGUGGUUCUUUUCUUUCUGACCUCAUCAUGUUUUGACUGCAAACUUCCUGCAGUCUGACGCCUCAGGUAGAUCGACCACACCUCUAAAAAUCAGCUGACAGAAAAUAUCAAAACAACAUCAUGUGAGGAGGUUUGUGGUUGAAACACACGGAGGGAAAAGAAAAAAAAACACACUGGUCUAUUUACAAGAAAUUAUGAAUAAAUUAAUUUCAACUUAUUGACUGAUUUACAACCUGAUCGUAAUCAUUAUGCAUAUCUCAGGAGCUGAUGUUUAUAAAUGUGCCCUUCAUAUAUAUUUUCCCAUAACCCUCUUUAAUUUUGGUAAUCCAGUAUCCUGACGAGGCUGAUCGCUGUGACAGACCGUGUUUGUGACCGUGGGGACGGCAUGGUGAGUCCGCUGUACGUGGCGGUCGACAGACAUCAGAGCCGGAGCGUCAAGAUCCUCCUGAAGGAAGCGUACAGCCCAGAUGCUCAGGACUGCACACACAUCCUGGACGUCCGUUCACCCCUCUCCUUCGCCUUGUCUCGCUCCUCCAACGAACCGUACAGGUUUGUAAGAAAGUAAACUCGACCCCUUAGAGAGUCUAAAAAGAUCAGGUCGGUUUGUCCCUGAUUUCGGUGUAAAUCUCUUUCAGUGAACCGGUGAGGUUGUUAAUAUCUGCAGGAGCAACUUUGAGUGAAGAGGACUGGAUUUAUGCGGUGGCCACAGACAAACCCGACUUGUUACAGCUGAUUCUUGAACACAGAUGGAUCCCUCAACCGGAGACUUUGACCAGCAGCUGUGCCGUACCACAACGCCAAGGAAAAACCGUGUUAAAGCUGCAGGAACUCCGAGCGCUGCUGUGUGUGGCUCUAAAUCAAGUCCAUUUUGCCGCUUGUUGGCUCCCCCUCCUUCUGAAAGCCGGUCUGGAACCUUCUUUGCUGCUUCAGACCAGCAUGUAAGUCCCUCCACUCACUCCUCCACAUCUCUAUUGAGUUUCAGCAGAUCUACUUCAUCAAUUCAUUUCCAUCUUAAUGCUCUCCAGGCUGGAAGAGGCAGACAGUGAGGUGUUGAAUUACCUGCUGGAGUUUGUAAACUGGUCGAUACUGCCUCCUCCUCUGAAACAUAUACUGGAUCAACGUCAGGCAGAGAGGAGCUGGGAUCCGUGCCCACAUUUAGGUACAAAGAUCAAACACAGACGUUAAAUCUGUUUUAAUUCAGGUCUCAUUUCAAUCCUUUCUUUUCUCCCUCUAGGCUCUCUUCCCGCUCUUUCCCACAUCUGCCGGCUGAAGGUUCGGUCGUUGUUGGGGUCGGAUGCUCUGAUGAGAACUUCUGUAGUCCAGCAGCUCCCUGUGCCCCCCCCUCUCCAAGACUUUCUCCAGUUUAAAGAAAUCCCUCAAGUGUCUUUCACACACUCCUCACCAUCACCACUUAUGGAUCGAAUAGAGGAAUAUCAAAAUACACACCAACACAGACACGUUCUCUAACCAAUAAAUGUUUCUGCUUUUUGUUGUUGUUGCAAUAAAACUAUUUAAUUUUA